UCUGCUGUUGGUGACGAGCGAACGACCCUACACUGAACAUCGGUGUCGGCCAAGAAGCGUUGUGGAAGAUCGACCUGUUACCCGCAAAUUUCGCUAUUUCGAAGCUGGAAAUGACGUCCGCGGACGUUGAAGCUGCUCAGAACGUGACCCAGGAUAUCAUUUGCCUUACGUCUGAUCUUCACCAGUGAGGGGAGGUGAUAUAUGAAGAACCUCGAGAAACAGUGAGAGCCCUGAAAAAUUCGACGAGACGCCGACGGAAACAUGGCUUCAAGUGAGACCGCGGUGGAACGCAAAGAAAAUGGACAUGUGAACGGCGGUUCGAUAGAGAACGGAGAUGCCAAUGGCGAACCCCAAGAGCCCGAGAAGGACGAGAAAAGACAUUCUUCCUCUGGGCAUCACCAUUCUUCAUCGAAAGACAGAGACCGGCACAAGAAAAAACAUUCAUCCUCUUCCCAUCAUUCGUCGUCCAAAGACAAGGACAACCAUCGGUCAUCAUCUUCACAUCACUCCUCGUCGAAAGAUCGUCAUCGAACAUCGGACAAGCACAAAUCGGAUAAACACAGGUCCGACCGUGAAAAGGAGAAGCAUCAUGGCGAUAAGGAUAAGUCGGACAAACCACGUUCCGACAAGGAGAAGCACAGAUCUGAUAAGGAGAAGCACCGCUCGUCCUCUGACAAGGAUCGUAAGCAUCACUCGACGUCGUCGUCCUCGUCGAAGACCAAGGAUCGCCACUCGUCGAGCCACCGGUCGUCCGACAACAAGGAUCGACACUCGUCCUCAUCUCAUCACCACAAGGAUCGUCACUCGUCGUCCUCCGGUCGCGAGAAAGACAGAGAGCGCAAGGAGCGCAAAGAGCGUGAACGUCGUGAGAAGGAGCAGCAAAACGCUACUCUCAACAACGGAGCCAAUCACGAAACGCCGGAGAUCGACUCCAUGGAAGUGGAUCAUGUCGACAGCAGACAGAGCAACCAUCAUCACCUGAACAAUCAAAACCACAACAAUCAGUACUCACAUCACCACCACCAUACCGACUCCUUCGUGAAGGACGAGUCGACUUCGCCUGUGAGACCGGAAGCUCCGGGUCGAAUGACGUUGGUUUCAGAAACCGUUGCCAAGGACGAGUAUCAGUCUGGCCGGCCUCAAGACAGCGAUGACGACGAUGACGAUGACGACGAGGCUAACGACACGAGCCUCCAGGUCAAGAAAGAAGAGGACGACGAUGAAGAAGCCGACGCAGACGACGGCACACAGGACGUCAAGGAUGAGCCCGAAGACGACAGUGACGACGAGCCUCUAGCUGCCAAACUCGCCCGGGUCAAAACGCAAGCAGCCAACGAGAGCGGAGACGGUUCCGACGAUGAGCCCUUGGCCGUCAAGCUUGCCAGAGCGAAGGCUCAAAAGUCCAAGAAGAGGAGCGUUCCCUUGAAACGCAAGAAGAAGCAUUUUGAUUCCAUGAAGCUGGGAAGACGAGAGACGGAAGAACGAGUUGACUACAGCUCUGACGCUUAUUCAGACGAGGUCAAAGAAAAUGAAACUGGUUACAGUUCAGAUAGUUGCGACUCGGAUACUCCUCUGGCUGUAAAAUUUGAAAGAUACAAAAGAAAAAGAAUCAGAAAGGAGGAGACCGACGAGUCCGAAGACGAUGAGAGCGACGAUGGUUCCAUGAAGAAGAAAAAGCGGAAACAGCCACAAUCCAAAGCUCCAUCGAAACCUUUGAAGAAGAAAGUCAAGAGAGAGUCCGGCGAAUCCGAGUCUCCCCGUAAGAAGAAAAAGACGGAGGACGAGGAAGACGUAUGGAAGUGGUGGGAAGAGGAGAAAAAGCCUGAGGGCGUCAAGUGGAACACUUUGGAGCACAAGGGCCCCGUGUUUGCUCCAGACUACGAGGCCUUGCCCGCGAAUGUCCCCUUCCUGUACAAUGGGAAAAAGAUGAAACUCUCACUCGAGGCCGAAGAGAUCGCCACUUUUUACGCUCGAAUGCUAGACCACGAUUAUACCCAGAAGGAGUCGUUCAAUUCGAACUUCUUCCAAGACUGGCGGAAGAGCAUGACAGCUCACGAAAAGGAAACCAUCACCGACCUGAAGAAAUGUGACUUUACUCAUAUGGCCAACUACUUUAAAGAGAAGACCGAAGAGCGGAAGAACAGAUCGAAAGAGGAAAAGCUCGAGGAGAAGAAGAUGAACGAGGCUUUGCAGAAAGAAUACGGCAUCUGCAUUAUCGACGGCCACAAGCAGAGAAUCGGUAACUUCAAAAUUGAGCCUCCCGGUCUGUUCCGAGGUCGAGGCGAACAUCCAAAGAUGGGAAGGCUCAAGAGACGCACGCAGCCCGAAGACGUAAUUAUCAACAUCAGUAAGGGUGCGCCCGUUCCUAAACCACCGCCAGGCCAUCGGUGGAAGGAAGUACGACACGAUAACACCGUCACGUGGCUCUGCUGUUGGACCGAGAACGUGCUCGGCAACAACAAGUACAUCAUGCUGAACCCUUCGUCGAAGCUGAAGGGGGAGAAAGACUUCCAGAAAUACGAAACGGCACGUCUACUGAAGAGCUGCGUCAAGAAAAUCCGGGAGAACUAUCAGAGCGACUGGAAGUCGAAAGAGAUGCGAGUCCGUCAAAGAGCCGUGGCACUGUACUUCAUAGACAAAUUAGCUCUUCGUGCCGGAAACGAAAAAGACGCGGACGAGCAGGCCGACACUGUCGGUUGUUGCUCGCUUCGUGUUGAGCACGUUCGGCUCCACGACGAAUGGGAAGACAAGGAGAACGUUGUGGAGUUUGAUUUCCUUGGUAAAGAUUCGAUUCGCUACCAGAACUGGGUACCUGUAGAAAAGCGGGUUUUCAAGAACCUUAGAAUAUUCUGUGAAAAUAAGAAACCCGGCGACGAUCUCUUCGAUCGACUCAACACAAGUAUUCUGAACAAGCAUCUCAACGAACUCAUGGAAGGUCUCACAGCGAAGGUGUUCCGUACGUACAACGCCUCGAAAACACUGCAAGAACAGCUGGACAAGCUGACCGAUGCCGACAUGAGCAUUCCAGAAAAACUCUUGGCCUACAAUCGGGCUAACCGCGCUGUAGCCGUUCUCUGUAACCAUCAGCGUGCCGUACCCAAGACAUUCGAGAAGAGCAUGGAGAACUUGCAGAAGAAAAUCGACGAGAAGCAAGACCAAAUCGCGGACGUGAAACGCGAAUUCAAAGACGCCAAACGAAGCGGUGAUAAGGCCACAGCCGACAAAAAGCAAAAACGCCUUCACGCUCUCGAAGAUCAGUUGAAGAGGCUCCAUGUACAAGCGACUGAUCGCGAGGAAAACAAACAGAUUGCGUUGGGCACGUCCAAGCUCAACUACCUCGAUCCUCGCAUUUCCGUCGCGUGGUGCAAGAAGUGGGACGUUCCCAUUGACAAAGUCUACAAUAAAACUCAGAGGGACAAAUUCCGGUGGGCCAUCGAGAUGGCCGACGCAGACUAUAAGUUUUAGUGUGAGUGGUCCCCACCACUCUCCCCCAUUGAAUCGACUGACCGAGCAGCUGACUCCAACCCGUCUCCCAACGAAGACUUUGUUGAUUGAUUGAUCGAUCAACGAAAGGAUCGAUCGAUCGGUCGAUCGCGCGAGCCACUGGUGGCCACCACCGACUUUCAUUAAAAGAAUCUACGAGAGGAAGAGAGGAAAGGACUGCAGGGAGCGGUCCUCUACUAAUGUCCUGGCUACCGAAAAAGCUGUAUACAUGUAUUGUAAUCGAAACAGUAGAGGCGGGCGGGGAGGGUUUACCAAUUUCUAGGCGUGGGAACCAAUGGGUAACAGCUUGAGACUCGAGGCACUAGUUAAAUUAAAUCUAAAGAAAAGAUGAUUCUAUUUAUGCGUGAUUUUUUUCCGUCUAUUGAACAAGGCCCGAGACCGUGGCCCGACAAUAGAGAAAACGUGGGGAAAAUUCAACCGAGGGCAAAAAGUUAUUUAGAGGUGUUCUAAUGGACAGAGUGUAAUGAAAGGAAAAAAAUUGUGUACAUAUAUAUAUGAAAAAAAAAGAAUAUCAGCCGUAUCACAUUCUAUGGGGAUCUCCAUUCUAUAAUAAAGGGUCGGUAUACAAA